AUGGAGCUAGCGAUUUUGCUAAGGGAGAAAGAAGCUCAGACUGUAGCAAUCUGCCCUUUUUUAUGCCUUUGUUCGGAGUUUUGUGAUACUCUCAGCCCAUCUGUAUUAAAUAGCUUAAAGGAGAGUUAUGAUCAAGCCUCGAGAAGAGAUGACGUUAAGGCAAUUGUCGUCACAGGUGCACAAGGCAAGUUUUCUGGUGGAUUUGAUAUCAGUGCGUUUGGUAAAAUCCAAGGAGGAAAUGGUUUUGUGUCAAUGGAAAUUCUAUGUGAUACUGUGACAGCUGCAAGAAAACCCUCAAAGUGGCAAUGGGUUACCAUGCCCGCAUAUCUACUCCUAAUGCACAACUAA